UAGACAGACAGCGUGGCUGCAUUGUCGCAGCAGCAAGACAACUUGUCCAGUCGACCAGCAGUUUAGCUGGUCAUAACAUCCUCAGGUGGAGUCCCCCUGACCGGACAGGCAGGUCUGUCUUCACUUACGGUGUGGCUUAUAAUUCAAAACAAAAGCGAGCUGAUUGUCAGUGCGGGGCUGCUGUCACGGAUAGCUGGCGCAGAAGCUGACAGACGGAUAACAGCCUGCUUUGACCGGCGCCGGGAGCCACCGUUGGGAACCGGAGGGGUUGGCUAGCAGAAAAGCUGGCUAACUGGCAUUAGCCGGGGGAAGCCUUUUAGCGCACGAACACGUCGCCGUGUUGACGCCAAGCCAUAUGGUGACAACGUGAAGAUGGAUUGAAACAUGAAGGGUGGAACUGCCCCAUCGUCCAAAUAGGAGGGCGUUUUUCUAAGGUUGCGCUCUGCAGCUUAUCUGUGUAACUGAGCUGGGAGACAGAGAGAAAGAUGCCUCCCAGGCCAUCCUCAGGGGAGCUAUGGGGCAUCCACCUGAUGCCCCCCAGGAUUCUGGUGGACUGCCUGCUGCCCAAUGGGAUGAUUCUGACCCUGGAGUGUCUCCGUGAGGCCACGCUCAUCACCAUCAAACAUGAGCUGUUUAAGGAGGCCCGAAAAUAUCCUCUCCAUCACCUCUUACAGGAAGAGACAUCCUACAUCUUCGUCAGCGUUACACAGGAAGCAGAGCGGGAGGAGUUCUAUGAUGAAACCCGGAGGCUGUGCGACCUCCGACUCUUUCAGCCUUUCCUCAAGGUCAUUGAACCAGUUGGCAACAGAGAGGAAAAGAUCCUCAACAGAGAGAUUGGUUUCGCGAUUGGUAUGCCUGUGUGUGAGUUUGACCUUGUGAAGGACUCUGAGGUUCAGGACUUCAGGAGAAACAUCCUGAAUGUUUGUAAAGACUCUGUGGAGCUGAGAGAUGCCAGUGGGCCCCACAGCAGAGCGCUGUACGUUUACCCACCUAAUGUAGAGUCAACACAGGAACUUCCCAAACACAUCUAUAGCAAACUGGACAAAGGUCAAAUUAUUGUUGUAAUAUGGGUGAUUGUUUCUCCAAAUAAUGACAAGCAAAAGUACACACUGAAGAUCAACCACGACUGUGUGCCUGAACAGGUGAUUGCAGAGGCCAUUCGUAAGAAGACACGAAGCAUGCUGCUGUCCCCAGAGCAGCUAAAGAUGUGUGUUCAGGAAUAUCAGGGUAAAUACAUCCUCAAAGUCUGCGGCUGUGACGAGUACCUGCUGGAAAAGUACCCCAUCAGCCAGUACAAGUAUAUCCGUAGUUGCAUCAUGCUGGGCAGGAUGCCUAACCUGAUGCUAAUGGCGAAGGACAGCCUGUACACCCAAUUGCCUACAGAUAACUUUGUCAUGCCAUCAUAUUCUCGACGCAUCUCCACGGCAACAUCGUAUAUGAAUGGGGAGGCAGCUGCCAAGUCUCUGUGGACCAUCAACGGGACUCUACGAAUACGAAUCCUGUGUGCCACCUAUGUUAACGUCAAUAUACGGGACAUAGACAAGAUAUAUGUGAGGACAGGCAUUUACCAUGGAGGUGAACAGAUGUGUGACAAUGUAAAUACACAGAGGGUACCCUGCUCUAAUCCCAGGUGGAAUGAGUGGCUUACGUAUGAUAUGUACAUCCCAGACAUCCCCCGUGCUGCCAGACUCUGCCUUUCUAUCUGCUCUGUCAAGGGCAGAAAGGGAGCCAAGGAGGAGCAUUGUCCACUAGCAUGGGGUAAUGUCAACUUGUUUGAUUAUACACACACGCUGGUGGCCAACAAGAUGGCUCUGAAUCUCUGGCCUGUCCCCCAUGGUCUUGAAGACCUCCUGAACCCCAUCGGAGUCACUGGGUCGAACCCAAAUAAGGAAACACCAUGUCUAGAGCUGGAGUUUGACCACUUUAGUAGUCCUGUCAAAUACCCAGACAUGAAUGCAGUGGAAGAUCACGCAAACUGGACCAUCUCAAGGGAACUAGGGUUCAACUACAACCUCUCAGGGCAGAGCAAUCGAGUGGCCAGAGAUCACGCCCUCACGGAGAGUGACACCGAGCAGUUGAGACAGCUGAGUAACAGAGACCCUCUGUCAGAAAUCACUGAGCAGGAGAAAGACUUUCUCUGGAGACACAGGCACUACUGCAUGAACAUCCCAGAGAUCCUUCCCAAGAUCCUUCUUGCGGUCAAGUGGAACUCCAGAGAUGAAGUAGCACAGAUGUACUGUCUGUUGAAGGAGUGGCCGUCUAUCCGUCCUGAGCAGGCCAUGGAGUUGCUGGACUGUAACUAUCCAGACCCCAUGGUCAGGCACUUUGCUGUACGUUGCCUUGACAAAUACCUGACUGAUGACAAAUUGUCCCAGUACUUGAUCCAGCUUGUACAGGUUUUAAAAUACGAGCAGUAUCUUGACAAUCCCCUGGCCCGUUUUCUCCUCAAAAAGGCCCUGACCAAUCAGAGAAUAGGACAUUUCUUCUUCUGGCAUCUCAAGUCAGAAAUGCACAAUAAAACAGUGAGCCAGAGAUUUGGGCUGCUGUUAGAGGCUUACUGCCGUGCUUGUGGCAUGUACCUAAAACACCUCAGCAGGCAAGUAGAGGCCAUGGAGAAGCUCAUAAACCUCACCGACAUCCUCAAACAGGAGAAGAAGGAUGAGACGCAGAAGGUCCAGAUGCGGUUUCUUGUGGAACAGAUGAAGAGGCCAGACUACAUGGAUGCCCUGCAGAACUUUACGUCUCCUCUAAACCCUGCGCAUCAACUUGGAAACUUGAGGUUAGAUGAAUGCAGGAUUAUGUCGUCAGCAAAGAGGCCUUUGUGGCUGAACUGGGAAAAUCCCGACAUUAUGUCUGAGAUGCUCUUUCAGAACAAUGAAAUCAUCUUCAAAAAUGGAGAUGACUUGCGCCAGGACAUGCUGACAUUGCAGAUUAUUAAGAUCAUGGAGAACAUUUGGCAGAAUCAGGGACUGGACCUACGGAUGUUGCCCUAUGGCUGCUUGUCAUUAGGAGAUUGUGUGGGUCUCAUUGAGGUGGUUCGCAACUCCCACACCAUCAUGCAGAUUCAGUGUAAAGGAGGCUUGAAAGGGGCACUGCAGUUCAACUCGAAUACUCUGCAUCAGUGGCUCAAGGACAAGAACAAGGGCGAGAUGUAUGACAUGGCUGUAGAUCUGUUCACAAGGUCUUGUGCUGGCUACUGUGUAGCUACAUUUAUCCUUGGGAUAGGAGACAGGCACAACAGCAACAUUAUGGUCAAAGAUGAUGGACAGUUAUUUCAUAUAGAUUUUGGCCAUUUCCUGGAUCAUAAGAAAAAGAAGUUUGGCUACAAAAGAGAGCGAGUGCCCUUUGUUCUGACACAAGACUUUCUCAUCGUCAUCAGCAAAGGAUCCCAGGAGUGCGCAAAGACCAAAGAGUUUGAAAGGUUUCAGGAGAUGUGUUAUAAAGCCUACCUAGCCAUCAGGCAGCACGCCAACCUCUUCAUCAACCUGUUCUCCAUGAUGCUCGGCUCUGGCAUGCCUGAGCUGCAGUCAUUUGACGACAUUGCCUACAUUAGAAAGACGCUGGCACUGGAGAAAACCGAGCAGGAGGCGCUGGACUAUUUCAUGAAGCAGAUGAAUGAUGCUCACCAUGGAGGGUGGACCACCAAGAUGGACUGGAUAUUCCACACAAUUAGACAGCAUGCACUAAACUGAUGCUGCAGACAAACCCAAUCCACCAGUCCCAGCAUGGAGUACUUCACUCAGACGCAGCAGAGUCUUUCAAGGCUCUUCUCGUUUACAGCAGAUAUCACAAAUGGCUCCGUGAGGAUGGAUGCUUGCAGCUUGAUCUGUUUUUUCUUUACAGCAUUUUUCUUUUUCUAAACGAGGUUCUUGUGUUUCUGUGUUUUUUGGGUUUUUGUUUUUUGUUUGGUCUUGAUGAUGCCGUCCGAGUAUCCGCUGCCUGUUUCAGGGUCUACAUGGGAGCAUUUUCCUGUUGCUGUGGAGGUGUACCCACCAUGGCUAUUAUGCUUCCUCUGUAUUUUUUUGUUAAACCACAACAGGAACAAACUGGGCAACCAAGGAAAAUCUUAUCCUUUUACUCCAUUGCUCAGUGAUAAAAACCAAAACCCGGAAAACUCAGUGUAAAGAUGACAUUUUUGCCAAGGUAUAAAUGUAGCCACACAGUUCAACCUGCUGCCCCCUCUGCUGUAUUAGUGCUGCACACUUUCUCCACCUAGAAUGGAGGUUGUUUUUUUAAAAUCUUGUCACCCCUGAGGAGCUAGUUGGCACAAGAAAUAGUCUAAAUUAGCUGCGGUUUGUUGUACAGUAUGGGAUAACUGGUGCACGGGAGCCUUUAUGAUGUCUUCCCCCAUCUUUGUGGUGAAGUCGCCCCUUCGCAGAUGAUUUGGAGUUGUCUCUCCUUCCUUUGAACUCCUUGUGUGGAAACGUCAAGGUUGCAAAUCUGCAGGAGAGUCUUUGAGUUGUUUUGCACGGAUCUGCGGGCCUCCACCCUCCACUCCAAACAGCCUCAUUGAGUCAGCACUUCACCCCAGAGAUGGUGGUGCAGCUUUAGACUCUUGCAUAAACUUCAGGGUGAUGAUGCCUCUCCAUCAAAAAAACAGCACUUAGAGAAUAAUUUACAGAUUUAUUAUGACUUUUUAAAUUUAUUUAUGUAACUAGUUUCUUUCAGUUUCAGCAAAAGGCAAAACCUGAACUUGACUCUUCAGAAACAUGUUUUUUUUUUUUUUUUUUUUUGUGUGUGUGUGUGUGCGUGUGUGUGCGUGUAUCUGUAAAUAUAAUUGAGGUUGAAGCAUCUGUGUUACAUGUUUGCAGCUUCACACUACCACCAGUGCUACCGCUUACCCCUGUUACUUUACCCCUCAAUUUUCAAUUUUGUUAUAUUCACAAAGACUGAUGUUGUUGUUUUGGGGGGGUUUUAAGCUUUUUUUUCCUUAUAUUUAACAUCUAAUUUGGCCUUACCUGUUUCGUUGUGGCUAGUUUACAGCCCUACUUGGGAUAAUUUGUUAAAUGAUGCAAAAUGGAAAGCGUUAAAGUGCCAAUCUCACAUUUGAAUAAUGGGACCUAUAUUAAGCCUCUGGCUGUGGUUUUUGUUUUGUUUUGUUUUGUUUUUUGGCAAGCAGAGGCCCUGGGGAAUGUCAAGUCUUCCUCUUGAUUAAAUGCCUUGGCAUCACAGCACAACACUGCACACUGUUGAGCCCUACAAACUCUGCCUAAGCAAACCCUUACAGCACUAAGUCAAAAAGCAUGGCAGGCUUAGAGAAUGAUUUGACCGCCUUAGCGGUCCUUUUGACCUUGUUAGACUGGUGGGUCUUGACACAUCUCUCAUUAGAAAGUUGCUAAAAUGUUGAAGUAUAUUUUAAAUUGUGUUUUUGAAACAUUUGAUUUGAGGCUUGCAGUCUUUUGCCAAGUGGAGACACUGAAUUAUGUUGGUUUUGUAUUUUUGUUUUUGUUUUUUGGUUGUUUGGGGAUUGUUUUGUUUUUUUACAUUUGAAAAUCACAUUGAAAUAGUAGCAUGAGUGUCUCGAGGGGGAGGUUAGUUAGUUACGAGAUGAAGUCCUCAGAAAUUCAGCUGGAAGCCUCUGAAAGUGGGCGCUGGCUCAGCAGAUAUCGGAUCGACUCCUUCAAUUGUGUUGUUUGUCCAGGUGGCAGAAAAUGUAUUGAAAGAUGAAAGAUGAAGAUUUAAACAGAUUGUUUGCACUUUGGGGCAGCUUGGGGUCAUGUGAUUGGCACAAUGAAUAUUCAUAUUAAUGCUCAGUUUGUGUGUAUAACCCAAGACGUGAAAAAAAGGUAUAAAACCGUUUUGGGUUGGGGGGGGUUUGGGUGGGGGGCCUAUGAGAUACGAAGAAGAAGAAGAGUUAGCAGUGUUACAUGAAGCAGCUUGGAAACUAUAGUGUCUUUUGGGCAGGCCGUAGUUGGUGGAACUCACGCUGUGCUCUGCUAAGGAGAGAAUGUAGUAUUUUACAAGAAAUGGAGCCUCUCACGGUGCAUGUAGGAAAGACACUAGGACACUACAGUAUGAGACCCGGCGUGUCUGUGGGGAAACAGUCUGCACUUUGCCGCUUCAACUGCUGAUUGUAUAGAAAAGCCAAAGUUGUGUUCUGUCGCGAUGCGGCGCGCGCACGUGCGUCACAUCAUUGCAGCAUUAAUGGCUAGAAUGUAUUCAGUCGCUAACAUUGAUGACUCAUCUUUUUGCAUCAGUAACGUGUUUCUAUCCCUACACAGCAGGUCAUCAGCACAGAACGCAUUCCUUUGUCUUCUCUACGUGCCAAAUCGGACAGCAUCGCUGAUGUCUGCAAAAGCUAAUGCUUGAACAGUGUCAUGCAGUGAGGCAUAUUACAGACUUUUACAAUUUAAAAAUAAAAAUAAAAAAUAUUGUGGUAUGCACUUAAAGAAAAACUCUAGUUCUCAAUGCCUUUUUGUCCAGAAGGACUCUAUAAGAAGAAAGUUAGCCUAGUAUGCAUGCAGCAUAACCAGUAUGUAUGUAUGUAAGAUGUACAUUUUGAAGCAGCAUUAAGCAGUAUGUAUGUACAGUUACAGUCUAGCCUUUUUUCUAUGGUAGGCUUCAUGUGUAGUGUUCUCUUUAAUAUCCAUGUACUCUCCAAACAAAGUGUGCGAGCGUGUGCGUGCUCCGUUCUGUACAGGUUGCAGAGCUUCAUUGGCGGGCUCCAAUGAAAACCCUACACACUGUGUGUAUGUACAUGUUCUGCGUCUGUGUGUGAUGACACUAGCAGCAAAGGUGUCUUUAAAUGUUUUAUAAAUCAUUUUCUCUCCUGGCUGGUUUGUGCCAGAGAAGAAAAACAAACAGACACACAAAAAAUGCUGUUUUUUGCAUCAUUUGCAAGGAAACAUAAAUGAGGGUAAACUUUUUUUUUUUUCUUUUUCAUAAAUCAGUCGUUUUACUUGAAGCACCAUGAAUCGAAACCACAGCUGUAUUUUGUCAGUUUAGAUUUGAGGUGUAGGGGUCUGUGUGUGUUGUACCGAUUGCUGAAGCAUCGUGUGCAGGUUGCCUGUUUGACACCCUCAGUAAAUGUUAGUGAUGCCGCAGAAAUGCAUUUUCAGCUAAUGAAGAACUAAAGUUGCGCUUGAGUUCAAAUUUUCUGAGAUCAGGUGGCAGCUUUGACAUCACGGGGGAAAACGUAGGAGGAAAUGUGGGCGUCUUCUUUAGACCAUGCUCGUUUAAAACGUCUUCUAAUCCCUCAGCUUUGGUGCUGAAGUGGUGCAGUACCUCUGCAGUAACUGUUGCACUACCAUUUUCUCCCUGAACUGAUUUCUUUUUUCUUUCCUUUUAACCAUCACAUGGCUCAGCACAGGUUCAGAUUUACAAAUCAUGCCAUCGCAGGAUCUGAUUUCUCUCCAUUUGUUGCAGUUUAACUGUAUGAUUGGGUUAUGUGCAGGGGACAGAGUAUCACAAAGAUACCUCGCUGUUGUUUUGCAAUCUUGCAGAGUCAGCUGACGUCAGAGAUGACUGUUGGUUGUCUUUAAACCCCCUAUGUGUCCAAAGAACCGAGAGCGGAGGGAAAAUGGUUCACUGUGACCAUAACAACACAAACACCAAGCAAAUGUAAAAUUCUGCAGCCUCUGUGAAGACUAUAGUGUACUGCUUCUAGUCUGAGGUGUCUCUGUUACUGUUCCUAUUUGUUUACCUGGUGUUCAUGUUAUUGUGUCCACCAUCUUUUUAAUUGUAUGGAACCCGAUAUUUAGAAAUGAAGCAACGGCGGCCCCUCUCUCUCUCAGUGAAUUGAACAGAUGUGGAGGGGUUUGAACCCUUAGACUUGCAGGGAAUCAAAAUAUGGACAAAAUAUGUGAAAUAUUGAUCAUUUAUAUUCAAUUUGGAGGUUCAGAAGUGUCUCAGACUCUCACACAUGGCUACAUGCUCUGUGGUUUCAUGUUAAUACUUUUUUCUUUGUUUUUUGGUAUGCAGCACUAAUAUAUUUCCAUAACAUACCAUGUUGUCAGAACUCUAGCCUAUACUAUGAAUGAAUGUACGCCGGGCCAAUGUAUUGUUACUCACAGCCUACCUGCAUGAUAUUGGGUGAAGCUGAAUACUCUUCCUGCUGCAUUUUGUUUUCCUUUUUUUUUAUAUUGUAGUCUAAUAGGCAGCCAUACAGACAUUUAUAAAUGAAUGCCUUAAGUUUGCUAGUUUCUAGGACAAGUUUGCCCUCACAGUAACUUGCUUUUUUAUUUAUAAAUGUAUGUUGUGUUUUGUUUUUGGGUCACUGGUCGAAGAGUAAAGGUUUGUACCCCGACUAACUGACUGACUUACUGACUGACCGACCGACUGACUGACUCAUCAUCUGAGUGUUCUGUGAAGAUGUACAAAUAAAUUUGUUAAAGA